AUUAUCAACACAUACACAGAAGCAGUUCAGACUGUAGAUCCAAAGCUUGCAGUUGGGAAACUCCACACCCUUUGGGUAGCAUUUGCAAAAUUUUAUGAAGAGAACAGGCAAAUUGAUGAUGCUCGUGUGGUUUUUGAAAAUGCCACCCAUGUCCCUUACAACAAAGUUGAUGAUUUGGCAUCUGUCUGGUGUGAAUGGGCUGAGAUGGAGAUUCGGCAUGAGAAUUAUGAAGAAGCAUUGAAGUUAAUGCAGAAGGCAACUGUAAUGCCCCCACAAAAGGUGGCCUAUCAUGAUGAAACUGAAACGGUACAAAUGAGAUUGUACAAAUCUCUCAAAGUAUGGUCAAUGUAUGCUGAUUUGGAGGAAAGCUUUGGCACAUUCAAGUCCUGUAAAGCAGUAUAUGAUUGUAUCAUAGACUUAAAAAUUUCUACACCCCAGAUCAUCAUAAAUUAUGGUCUCUUUCUUGAAGAACAUAAAUACUUUGAAGAAGCUUUUAGGGUAAGUCUAGUUACGGAUUUGAACAGUAUAGCAAGUGUCACGUAACUUCAAACACAGCCAAGAGUAACCUUGAAUGCGCAGAAGAAAAAUUUCAGACAAGGGGGUGGGUUCGAGGGUGUGAGAAGUGACACGCGGCCAGUAGUUUGUAAGGCACCCUCGA